ACUUCCUUGAGAGGUGAAGGACAGGACACCGGCAGAAGGUCACUUCUCUUAUUCCAAUAAGCAGUCAUGGCAAAAUAUACAAUCGUUUUUGUGAGACAUGGAGAAAGUGAAUGGAACCAAAAGAACUUAUUUUGUGGCUGGCAUGAUGCCGAUUUGUCAGAAACAGGCUUAGCUGAAGCAAAAAAUGCUGGAACGAUGUUGAAAGAAAAGGGAUAUACCUUUGACAUAGCAUUCACAAGUUUACUAAAAAGAGCCAUAAAAACUUUGUAUUUCGUACAAGAUGAACUUGACUUGCACUGGAUCCCUGUUGUCAGACAUUGGAGGUUGAAUGAGAGACAUUAUGGUGCUUUACAGGGACUCAAUAAAUCAGAAACUGCUGAAAAAUAUGGAGAGGCUCAAGUGAAGAUUUGGAGAAGAUCUUAUGAUACACCACCUCCAGCAUUAGAAAAAUCAGAUAAGAGAUGGUCUGCUAAUGAGGUUAAAUAUGGAAAUUUAGAUGAAAGUGUUGUUCCACCAUGUGAAUGUUUAAAAGACACAGUUAUUAGAGCUUUACCAUUCUGGCAUGAUGCUAUUGUACCAGCAAUGAAGGCAGGAAAGAGAGUUAUAGUGUCAGCCCAUGGAAAUAGUUUGAGAGCAAUAGUGAAGUACUUAGAUAAUAUUCCAGACUCAGAAAUCCCAGAACUCAACAUCCCAACAGGUAUACCAUUAGUUUAUGAGUUAGAUGAAAAUCUUCGCCCAUUAAAGCAUUAUUAUCUGGCAGAUGAAGCCCAAGUUAAGGCAGCAAUGGAGAAAGUUGCAAACCAAGGAAAAGUAAAAAAAUAGAUCUGAAAUGUUUUUAAUGUUCGUAAUCAAUUAUGUGUUAUUUAUUUUGAAGAGGUGGAGACAUAAGGGUAUAACAAAAAUAUUUUUUUCCAAUUCAUGCUUGCAUAAUAUAUAUUUCGUUUUAUCUUGGCUGUACUCUUCUGUGAAGAAUUAAUGAACAGUGCAUUCUUUUAAACUUAUAAUAAAAUCUUGUUUUCAGUAGAAAAUUAAAUUUGCAGUUAAAAAAGAACUGGAAAAAAAAGAAUCUUUCAGUCUUCAAUUUUUCUCUUACUUUUCCUAAAAUUGGAAUGUUGUAAUUACACAUUUUGUUACAGUGCCAUGAUAUCAUUUAAUAUAAGCAAAUCCUUUAUUUCGUUGUUACUAAUGUGUUUAUGUUACCUAGUUAGUGCUAAUUUUAAACAAAUUUAUUUGUAAAUUGUUACAUUGUAUGAUAUCUAUUAAUAAAAUUGCUUGUUUUACAUUUA